UGAAAGAAGCCACGCGCUUUCUCGUCUUCCCUUCGUCCGACGAUUGCAAUUGGGAGAAGAAGAAGAAGACGAUGAAGCAUUAUCUGAUUCUGGGUUUGUUUAAAAUCGAAUUUUUCUUGAGAAUUUUUUGAAGAAGUAUGAUUGCAUUAACUGUUUCUUCGUUGGGGAAUACUCCGAUUGCUUCGUUUAACCGGCGUUUCAGAUUCCGGUUACAUCCACGAAACCUUCCGAUACUAGCAGCGGUUUCUCCUUCUUCAUCCUCUUCUUCUUCUCCUACUGCUUCUUCUGGGUUUGAUUUGAGUUCUCUCGAAUCCGCCAUUAACAAGAAAGAUAGUAAUGGUGUUAAGGAAGCUCUAGAUAAAUUGAGUGAAGAAGGUUGGGCUAAGAAAUGGAGUUCCCAGCCGUAUCUUUCGCGCCGUACGACAUCGCUUCGGGAGCUGACAACUCUCGGAAUCAAGAAUGCAGAGACUCUUGCCAUCCCUAGUGUCAGGAACGAUGCGGCUUUUCUUUUCACAGUAGUAGGAACAACGGGGUUCAUAGCUGUACUUGCCGGCCAACUUCCCGGGGACUGGGGAUUCUUUGUGCCUUACUUAGUUGGGAGCAUUUCGUUGGUAGUUUUAGCUGUGGGAAGCGUUUCACCAGGGCUUCUUCAAGCUGCGAUUUCCGGGUUUUCUACGUUCUUCCCUGAUUAUCAAGAAAGAAUUGCUGCACAUGAAGCAGCCCACUUCUUAGUGGCUUACUUAAUCGGACUUCCAAUCCUUGGGUAUUCGUUAGACAUCGGUAAAGAACACGUCAAUCUCAUCGACGAGAGACUAGCUAAACUAAUAUACAGCGGCAAGCUUGACUCAAAGGAGCUAGAUAGGUUGGCUGCUGUUGCAAUGGCUGGACUUGCCGCCGAGGGUCUGAAGUAUGACAAAGUGAUCGGCCAAUCUGCAGAUCUCUUCUCUCUUCAGAGAUUCAUAAACAGAAGCCAACCCAAAAUAAGCAACGAGCAGCAGCAAAAUCUAACAAGAUGGGCUGUUCUCUACUCUGCUUCUCUUCUCAAAAACAACAAGACCAUCCAUGAAGCUCUAAUGGCUGCAAUGUCCAAAAAUGCAUCUGUUCUUGAAUGCAUUCAAACCAUCGAGACAGCUUCCUAGAUAAACAAUCUCUGUUAUCUCUUUUGAUCGAUCGAAUUCCUUCACAUGAAAUUCCAUAUCUUUUAUAUAUAUAAAGACACAAAAAGUUACAGACUUUCAAUAUCA